AUGGCUUCACUGGUGACUGACAAAGAUGACGUGAUUCUGCUGAAGGCGGGGUGGAUUUUUAGACAAAAGCCGCUGUUCAAGAAAUGGAAGAGAUCGUGGAUGGUUGUCAGUCUAGGGGGAAACCUGAAGUGCUUCGCCAAAAAGCGCAGCAGUCGCCCGCAGACGACAUUCAACCUGAAGCUUGAUCUAGUCUCGUUUAAACAAGGUGCACAGUGCCGAACGCUACUCCCGCCACCGGAAGUUCCGACCACGUGUCUGAUAGAGAUGUACUUUACCGGGGACCGGAAGUUGAGCCUGUGUGCGCACGACAUGGAUAGUGCCGCCUUAUGGAUACAAGCAAUUACGAAGGCCCAGUCGGAUAAGGCCCUGCCCACGCCGAAGUAUUCCCGAAAGAACCGAACCAAAGAGGACGCAUUGAAAGAAGAGAGCCAGGAACAGAACAAGCGACAGCAGAAAUUGUGA